CAGGUGUAGGCGCCAGACUCACUCACUGUAUAUUGGGCAGUUGGGUCUUUAGACUGACACAGAGGGACAUUAUAUAAAACACUUCGGACACACGGGCGAGUCUCCCGGCUGAACAAGGAGGCGGGGCAGAGGCUGUGGCGGGUCACGUGGUGCUAGGACGGGCCGUAGACUCUUUCCGCUGCGCGCUCGUGUGUCGUCAUUUCCGGCGCGACUGUUGCUUCUCUGUGGCACUUGCGUCUCACUGUGUUUCCUGACGCCGCUUUGUAACUCCCGGUGCUGUCGCCAUGGCUCGGAAUGCAGAGAAAGCCAUGACGGCAUUGGCACGGUUCCGCCAGGCCCAACUGGAGGAUGGGAAAGUAAAGGAGAGAAGACCAUUCCUGGCCUCGGAGUGUUCUGAGCUGCCCAAAGCCGAGAAGUGGAGACGACAGAUAAUCGGAGAAAUAUCAAAGAAAGUGGCCCAGAUUCAGAAUGCCGGACUCGGGGAGUUCAAGAUACGAGACGUGAAUGAUGAAAUUAACAAACUCAUCAGAGAGAAGGGCCACUGGGAGGUCCGUAUUAAGGAGCUGGGUGGUCCAGACUAUGGGCGCAUUGGGCCCAAGAUGCUGGAUCAUGAAGGGAAGGAAGUGCCCGGAAACCGUGGUUACAAAUACUUUGGUGCCGCUAAAGAUUUGCCGGGCGUCCGGGAGCUGUUUGAGAAAGAGCCCCUUCCGCCCCCCAGGAAGACCCGCACUGAGCUGAUGAAGAGCAUCGAUGCUGAAUAUUAUGGCUACCGAGAUGAGGAUGACGGGGUGCUGGUGCCUCUGGAGCAAGAGCAGGAGAAGAAAGCAAUCGCGGAGGCGCUGGAGAAAUGGCGGCUGGAGAAGGAGGAGCGUCUGGCCAAUGGGGACAAGAAUGAGGAGGAAGAGGAAGUGAAUAUUUAUGCUGUGGCUGCGGAUGAGUCGGGAGAAGACAGUGAUGAUGAUGAAGGAGCAGAGGGGGAGGAGGGACAACAGAAAUUUAUCGCUCACGUGCCGGUGCCGUCACAGAAGGAGAUGGAGGAGGCGCUGGUGCGCAGGAAGAAGAUGGAGCUGCUGCAGAAAUACGCGAGUGAGACGUUACUGGCGCAGAGUGAAGAUGCAAAACGACUGUUAGGCGUAUAAAUGACUCGUCUGUACCUGGGUGUAUAUUUGUACAGAGCUGAGCAAUAAACAUGGACUUUUCUA